AUGUAUGUUACAACUCUUAAGUUGUUGGCUACAAUUAAGAGAAUAAAAAAAGUUCACUUCGGAUUUAUAAAUCCGAAAUUUGUUCUUAAAAUAUUUGAAUGGAUAUCACAAGGGUGUAUAUCAAAUAUAAUGUUACACUUGAAAAAUUCAAGUAAUUUAGAGCUAAAGUUAAGUGUAAAGUGUGCAGUAUAUGAUGCAAUAUUGACAGCUAUUAAGCCUAGAUGUAAUUCAUUGGGUCUUGAUAUGACAUUUAAUAGCUUUGGGAAAAAACUAGCAAUAGCCUCAAAAAUUCUUAAAGAUGAAUUUUCUUAUACUCCACCACAAGUUAGUAGUAUAGUAACUUCUCAAUAUUCUGAUAUUCCAAAAUUAUAUCGUAAUAAAAAGAGGUUAAGAAAAGUUACUUAG